GCGUAGCAUUCGCAUCACUAGCAGGAAAAACCAAUCGUUCUCAAGUCCUCGAAAGCUUCGCGUUGGUGACUAACAAAACGGACCCGAAGGACACGCUUAUUUUUGGCAGACAGCCCGUGAUUCCGUUGCGUCAAAGUGUUCCAAAGAGGGUUUGCGUUACGAUAAAACAGAAUAGGACGUCCCGACAGAGGGAUCCGGAAAUCGUCUAGACUCCGGUCGACCGUUCAUUCCUUUCCCACUCCUUAUCGACCUUCCGCUCAAUUGAGAUUUCUUGUUAAUUGGAUUUUCCUGACUAAUUGCCUCUGCGGUUCGACAUCCGAGGCAGAACCUGCGAUCCCUAGUCUGAGGUCUCUGAUCCGCGCAUUGACCACGUGUUUCGCACGCCCGAUCGUCCAAGUGGGGGAUCGAUCCUAUAUAGGAGAGCAAUUUCUCUACCUUUGGUAAAGUGAGAACAGACCUUCUUCGUGGUGUCGUCGGUUACAUUCAAGCAAGACAACCUUUUGGUGACAUCUCGUUACGAACAGUUGAGAGCUUCGUUUUGUGCAGUGAAGCAUCGAUUGGUUUCGCUUCCAGCGGUACCGGGAGUGUGUAUCAGUUUCCUGUGGAUAUUCGAAAAUCGAUCGAAGAAUGAAAUUGCUUGCAGCAGCGUUUGUGCUGACGCUAGCAUUAGCCGCCGCUGUCGGCCAAUCCAGAUACGAACCGUUUGCUGAGAAGCCAGGUUCCUGCCCGCCGGCUCUGCCUGUCCAGAUCUGCAGUCAGUCCUGUUUCUCCGAUUCGCAUUGCGAGGGAAUAGGCAAAUGUUGUUCGACAAAUUGCGGAGGAACCGUCUGCUCGAAACCUGUCACCAUGAGACAACCAGUUUCGGCCGAGAAACCGGGCUCUUGUCCAGCGGUACCGAGAGGAAGGUGGGUGUGUUCGCCGACCUGCAGCGUCGACAACGAUUGCAGAGGAACGCUGAAGUGCUGUAAAAAUCGCUGCGGCGCCCUAGCAUGCCAGAAACCGGACGUCGAGGUGGUCGAAUCCGUGGAUAUUCCGGUUGUUCCGCUUCCGGAAGAUCCUUACAACGUCCCAAGAAAUCCUUACAACGUUCCUAGGAAUCCUUACACCCCGCCCAGGAAUCCUUACGACGUUCCCAGGGACUACUAUCCGUUUUAUUUCUACAAUAAUGAAUAGAACAAUUAUAGAUCGUUACUCGAUAGGAUCGAUGUUUGUUUGGUCUUCAACGACUGCCAUGUUGACGCAAGUUCUGAACUCGUGCCAUAUUCCCCUACUUUUAAUUCUUUCGUACCCUUACCGAUAAUAUGACUAAUCUGAAACUAAUUUUUAAUAAUAAAUUAUAUCGUGUAAAUUUUGUUAA